UUUGCACAGAUAAAUUUAAUCUAACAAAUAAUAAAAAUCGUUUCUUGAGUUCUCCCGUCUUGCAGAACCUCACAUGUGCAAUCGUUGCCUUAGCUAGUCUAGUCCCUUAUUUAAACACAUAGCUUCUGUACUUCGGAAAUGACAAUAAUUGCAAACACAAAUUCUAGUCAUAUCAUAUAUCCUUCAACCUCUCAUCAUUAGGCAUUCAGCAAGCAAGAGGAAAAAAUGGGCAAAAUGGGCAAAAUUAUGCUUGUUUUGGGUAGCCUCAUUGGAUUAUGCUGUUUUUCAAUCAAUACCUAUGCCUUCUCACCUUCUGGAUGGACCAAUGCCCAUGCCACUUUUUACGGGGGUAGUGAUGCUUCAGGAACUAUGGGGGGAGCUUGUGGGUAUGGGAAUCUGUAUGCAACUGGGUAUGGAACUAGAACUGCAGCUUUAAGCACUGCCUUAUUUAAUGAUGGAGCUUCCUGUGGUCAGUGCUACAAAAUUAUAUGUGAUUACAAAGCAGACUCUAGAUGGUGCAUCAAAGGAAGAUCUGUAACCAUUACUGCCACAAACUUUUGCCCUCCCAAUUUCGCCCUUCCUAACAACAAUGGAGGCUGGUGCAACCCACCACUCAAGCAUUUUGAUAUGGCCCAACCCGCUUGGGAAAAGAUUGGUAUUUACAGAGGAGGGAUCGUCCCCGUGCUAUUCCAAAGGGUUCCAUGCAAAAAGCAUGGGGGGGUUAGGUUCAGUGUGAAUGGGAGGGACUACUUCGAGCUAGUGUUGAUCAGCAAUGUGGGUGGUGCUGGAUCCAUCCAAUCUGUGUCCAUUAAAGGCUCAAAAACUGGAUGGAUGGCUAUGUCUCGAAAUUGGGGUUCUAAUUGGCAAUCCAAUGCGUAUUUGAAUGGUCAAUCUUUGUCCUUCAGGGUCACCACCACUGACGGAGAAACCAGAGUUUUCCAAGAUAUUGUUCCAGCAAGUUGGACAUUCGGCCAAACUUUCUCUAGCCCAGUUCAGUUCUAAGCUCACAAAUAAACCAACGGCUGAGGCGUGCUUUUUUAUUUUACUGGAGCAGCCCGCCAAACCCUUCUUCUGGUUUUGAUUAUUUGGUGGACCAAACCCCAUCAACUCCAAGCCCUUAAUCAAGGCAUAAAUUGUUAUCAAUAAUAACAAUCAAUCACCAUCAUAUCAUAAGGAUUAAGCUCAAGCAUGUAGAUCAAAUAAACAUCUUUGAAGUUUAAAUUUAUACUAUAAAUUGUUGUAAUAUCACUAUAGUCGAAGUUCAAGCUGUGCCGCUGGAGUUGGGAAAAUAUUAAUUCCCUAAAUUUUUUGAUGUAAUGCUGUCACUUGUCACUGUUGUGUAUUAAUUAUGCUUUCCUUACCUAGAAAAUAUAUUUUUAAAAGAAUGAGGAAUUGUAUUAUAGGGAGAAAUUUGUAAAA